GCAUGGCCAUGAGCAAUGGAAACAAUGAUUUUGGAGUUCUGAGCAAUGGCCUCAUCACCACCAGUGCCACCAACCUUAGUCCCCUCGUUUUCUGUGAUGGAGACAUUGCAGCACAGCAGAUCACAGCCAAAGAAACACCGAGAACAAAAGUGAGUCCAAAUGGAUGCCUGCAAGUUAAUGGCACAGUUAAAUCAUCCUUUCUGCCGCUAGACAACCAAAGAAUGCCUCAGAUGUUAUCCCAGUGCUGCCAUCCUUGCCCAUUCCAUCACCCUUUGACCAGCCAUAACAGUCACCAAGAAUGCCAUUCCGAGGCUGGCCCCACAGCACCCUCUGCUUUGGCCUCGUGUUGCAUGCAGCCACACUCAGAAUUCUCUGCAUCAUUUUGUCCAAACCAUUUACCUGUUUAUCCGACUACGUGCUGUCUUCAGCCCUCUUCAUCCUUCUGCCUGCAUCACCCGUGGCCUGACCAUUUUCAACAUGAGCCUGUGCAACAGCACAUAACCAACAUGAGGCCACCCAGACCUUUCAAGUUACCAAAAAGUUAUGCAGCCCUGAUAGCUGACUGGCCCGUGGUGGUCUUGGGCAUGUGCACUAUGUUCAUCAUCGUCUGUGCCUUGGUGGGAAUAUUAGUACCGGAGCUUCCUGACUUCUCUGAUCCAUUGCUGGGUUUUGAACCAAGAGGGACUGCAAUAGGCCAAAGACUAGUCACGUGGAAUAACAUGGUGAAAAAUACUGGAUACAAAGCAACACUAGCUAACUAUCCUUUUAAAUAUGCAGAUGAGCAAGCCAAAAGCCAUCGAGAUGAUAGAUGGUCAGAUGAUCAUUACGAAAGAGAGAAAAGAGAAGUUGACUGGAACUUCCACAAAGACAGCUUUUUUUGCGACGUUCCAAGUGAUCGUUAUUCCAGAGUGGUAUUUACUUCAGCUGGAGGUGACACAUUAUGGAAUUUACCUGCAAUUAAAUCAAUGUGCAGUAUAGAUAAUUCAAGGAUCAGAUCCCACCCCCAGUUUGGCGACCUCUGCCAGAGGACCACUGCCGCUUCCUGCUGUCCCAGCUGGACGCUGGGCAACUACAUCGCCAUCCUACACAACAGGUCAUCCUGUCAGAAGAUCGUGGAGCGGGAUGUGUCUCACACCUUGAAGCUGCUCCGGACCUGCGCCAAACACUACCAAAAUGGCACCCUGGGGCCUGACUGCUGGGACAUGGCGGCCAGGAGAAAAGAUCAGCUCAAGUGCACCAGUGUGCCUCGAAAAUGUACCAAGUACAACGCCGUCUACCAGAUCCUCCAUUACCUGGUGGACAAAGACUUCAUGGCCCCAAAGAUGGCUGACUCCCCAUUGCCCCCUUUGCAGUACAGCAUGCUCUUCUCUCCCACAGAGAAAGGAGAGAGCAUGAUGAACAUUUACUUGGACAACUUCGAAAAUUGGAACUCUUCCGACGGUGUGACCACCAUUACCGGGAUUGAGUUUGGUAUCAAACAUAGCUUGUUUCAAGAUUACCUUCUAAUGGAUACUGUGUAUCCUGCCAUUGCCAUCGUAAUUGUCCUCUUAGUCAUGUGUGUCUACACCAAGUCCAUGUUUAUCACCUUGAUGACAAUGUUUGCAAUCAUCAGUUCCUUGAUCGUCUCCUAUUUCCUCUAUCGUGUGGUAUUUAACUUUGAGUUUUUUCCUUUUAUGAACCUCACUGCACUCAUUAUCUUGGUUGGAAUUGGAGCAGAUGACGCAUUCGUCCUGUGUGAUGUUUGGAACCACACCAAAUUUGAGAAACCUCAUGCCAAAACUUCAGAGACCAUGAGCAUCACCUUGCAGCAUGCGGCCCUCUCCAUGUUUGUCACAAGUUUCACCACAGCAGCAGCUUUUUAUGCUAACUAUGUUAGCAGCAUCACAGCAAUCAGAUGUUUUGGGGUUUAUGCAGGAACGGCUGUACUCGUGAAUUAUGUAUUGAUGGUCACCUGGCUCCCGGCAGUUGUGGUCCUACAUGAGCGCUAUCUCCUCCAUAUAUUUAACUGCUUCAGAAAGCCCCAGCAGCAGAUCUAUGACAGCAAAAACUGCUGGACAACAGCUUGCCAAAAAUGUCACAAAGUCAUUUUUGCUGUUUCAGAAGCUUCUCGCAUUUUUUUUGAAAAGGUGUUGCCGUGCAUUGUCAUUAAGUUUCGCUACGUUUGGCUGUUCUGGUUUCUUGCCUUAACUGUAGGCGGGGCCUACAUUGUAUGUAUUAACCCAAAGAUGAAGCUGCCCUCUCUGGAGUUAUCCGAGUUCCAAGUGUUCAGGUCAUCUCACCCUUUCGAACGUUAUGAUGCUGAGUACAAGAAACUUUUCAUGUUUGAACGCGUUCAUCAUGGAGAAGAGCUCCACAUGCCCAUCACAGUCAUAUGGGGCGUGUCCCCCGAGGACAACGGCAACCCACUCAACCCCAAGAACAAAGGGAAGUUGGUGUUAGAUAGCAGCUUUAACAUUGCGAGCCCUGCUUCCCAGGUCUGGAUUUUGCACUUCUGUCAAAAACUGAGAAAUCAGACCUUCUUCUACCAGACUGAGGAACAGGACUUCACCAGCUGCUUCAUUGAAACAUUCAAGCAGUGGAUGGAGAACCAAGACUGUGAUGAGCCUGCCCUGUACCCAUGCUGUAGCCACUGGAGCUUUCCCUAUAAGCAAGAGGUUUUUGAACUGUGCAUCAAGAGAGCCAUCAUGGAGCUAGAGCAGAGUACCGGCUACCAUUUAGAUGGCAAGACACCGGGACCACGAUUUGACAUCAAUGAUACUAUCAGGGCAGUAGUGCUGGAGUUCCAAAGUACCUACCUAUUCACUCUAGCUUAUGAAAAGAUGCAUCAAUUUUAUAAGGAGGUAGAUGCAUGGAUUGCGAACGAGCUGAGCUCUGCACCCGAAGGCCUCAGCAACGGUUGGUUUGUCAGCAGUCUGGAGUUCUAUGACCUUCAGGAUAGCCUUUCUGAUGGCACCCUCAUUGCCAUGGGGCUGUCAGUCACCGUUGCAUUUAGUGUGAUGCUCCUGACUACCUGGAACAUCAUCAUAAGCCUCUAUGCUAUCAUUUCAAUCGCUGGGACAAUCUUUGUCACCGUUGGCUCUCUUGUCCUGCUGGGCUGGGAGCUCAAUGUUUUGGAGUCUGUCACCAUUUCAGUUGCGGUCGGUUUAUCUGUAGACUUUGCUGUCCAUUAUGGGGUUGCUUAUCGCUUAGCUCCCGAUGCUGACCGUGAAGGGAAGGUGGUCUUCUCUCUGAGCCGCAUGGGCUCUGCGAUCGCCAUGGCUGCUCUGACCACCUUCGUGGCUGGGGCCAUGAUGAUGCCCUCUACAGUGCUGGCUUACACCCAGCUGGGCACCUUCAUGAUGCUGAUCAUGUGCAUCAGCUGGGCUUUUGCCACCUUCUUUUUCCAGUGUAUGUGCCGGUGCCUUGGGCCACAGGGGACCUGUGGUCAGAUUUCAUUACCUAAAAAACUACAGUGCAGUGCCUUUUCCCAUGCCUUGUCUGCAAGACUUGGUGACCAAGGACAAAGCAAAACACAUACCACGAAUGCAUUUCAUUUAGAUCCCAGGGGCCAAAACUCUGAAGUGGAGCAUGAGUUUUAUGAAUUAGAACCUCUGGCAUCCCACAGCUGUAGUAUUUCUGAAAAUACCACUUAUAAAGAAACUCAUAUCUGCUCCAAAUUCUUCAACAGGCAAGCAAAGAAUUUAGGGAUGUCUGCACAUGCCACUUACAGCAGUGAGUGCAGCCUAAGCACCAAAAAUGACACAAACUCUGCCUUGUUACAGUACCCUCACAAACAGUGCACCAUGUGUCAGCUCUUCUCUGUGAAUCGGGGCUGUGGCUGCCCCACCGCCUACAAACAUUUCAAGUAUGGCCCGCACCCUUGCCAGCAGUUGGGUGACUGCUUGUGCCACCAGUGUGCCACUUCACCUGGCAGCUUUGUCCGGAUUCAGAAUGGCCUGGCACCAGCACUGAAGGCCGCACACCAUGCUCCUGAGGGCUUUGUGCAACCUGUCCCACACAUCCACCACUGCGCCUGCCCACAGGGAAGAGGGAACCCACACAGGGUACAGAACUCUGUGCCACAGAAUUUCUUUCUUCACCCAUUGCAGCACAUUCAGACACAAGAAACAACAGAGAACACCAGCAUACACAGCCUUCAGAGUCUCGAAGAGCAUUUUUCAAAGAUGUCAGAGACAUCUGCCCGCAGAAGCACUGGGUCUUUAACAGAAGACUGCAGUGAGGCUGAGAGUAGCCAAAGAGGACUCUGUAAAAAUAGAGACAGUAGUAAAACAAAGGGCAGUGGAGGGUAUGAAAACAAGGACUAAACAGAGACAGAGUUAGACUUGUUUCAGACUGAUGUCAGUGUGAACUCAGAACAUCUAAAUUGGAAUGAACCAAAAUUUAUAUUUAACCAUUUCAUGAGAGAGGCCAGUUAUGUGUCUAACCCAAACAAACCACAAAGCUGUGGCAGAAUUGUGAGAGUAAAGUGUAAUUCUGUGGACUGUCAAAUGCCAAACAUAGAUACCAGUGUGCCUGCUGUAUUAACACAUUCUGAACUUUCUAAUGAAAGUUUAUUAAUUAAAACACUUUAA